UUCCGGGUCGCUCCACGCGCCGCGGCCGGCGGGAAGAUGGCGGCGGUGAAGGGGCUGGAGCUGGGCCUGAGGGCGGCGGGCGCUGCCGCGGCUCGCCCGGAGCGCUUCCUCAGUGUGCAGGAUGGACUGGCUGCUGACUUCAGAGCAUUAACAAAGACUCUCUAUGAUUUGACUAAAGCUCUGGGAAGUAAUAUUGUUCGUGGGGGUCCUCUUAAAGAGCUGGUGAUAGAAAAUUUUGAUGAAGAGCAGAUUUGGCAACAACUAGAGCUCCAAAACAAUGCAGUUCUUGAUUUCUUCAAGAAGUCCAUUGCAAGGGAUGUCCAGGAUGAAGAUCUUUGCCUCUUCUCAGAUGGGGAAGGGGAUAGCUCUGAUGCAGAGACCAGCUGUAACAAGGAAUUGGAAGACAACGUUAUGGAAGCAGAAACUGAACAGAAGAAUGUUUAUACAAAAGAUAAAACUAAAGCUAAAGAAAAGCAAAGGAAACUCAGAGAAAGCAUAAUGCAGAAAUACAGUGAUGAGGAUUCUGAUAUUGACUUUGAUAUUGAAGCUCUGGAGCAACAAACUAAAACAGCCAAAGAAACCACACUGACAAAAAGGGGGAGAAAAUCUAUAGUGGAUGACAAGUUUUUCAAGCUGUCUGAGAUGGAAGCUUUUUUAGAACAUGUAGAGAAGGAAAAUAGAGUGGAGGAGGAGGAGGAGGAAGAUAUUAAUUAUUUUGAAGACAUCAUCUCAGAUGAUGACGAAGAGUCUGAAAAAGCUAAAGUCACAAAAAUUAAAAGUUCUAGAGACUUGACAUACAAAGAUUUCUUCGAUCCAGUUGAUGAUGAUGAUUUAGUAGCUAAUGGUAUUGAAGAUGAUCAAGAGGAGGAAGCAGACAGUGCUAUUGAGGAGGAGAAUGAAGAAAGCAUGUCUGGGGUUGAAGAUACGGAUGAAAUGAUGAUGGAGAAUAUGAGAAGUAAAGAAACCUCCAAAAAGGUUACAUUUAACUUGCCAGAUGACAGUGAAACAGAUGAUGUUACUGAUAUGCAAUUAGAGAAGGACAUUGAUCCCAGUGAAAUAAAGUCUUCUUUUGAGAAGAGACAGGAAAAGAUGAGCAAAAAAAUAAAAAAUCUAGAAGAAGAAUUAUUAGAGGAGAAACCUUGGCAGCUUAAAGGAGAAGUGAGUGGACAAAAACGACCUGAAAACAGCCUUUUGGAGGAAACUCUACUUUUUGACCACGCAGUUCGCAUGGAACCUGUGAUCACAGAAGAAACUACUUUUCAGCUUGAAGACCUCAUUAAACAGAGAAUAUUGGAUGAGGCAUGGGAUGAUGUAGUACCAAAAGAAAAACCAAAUGAGGAGCCUUUUGAAUACAAGAAACGGAUCAGUUUGGAUCAUGAAAAGAGUAAACUGAGUCUUGCUGAGAUCUAUGAGCAAGAAUACAUGAAACUUCACCAGCAAAAGACUGAAGAAGAAGAAAAUCCUGAACACAAAGAAAUUCAGGAAAUGAUGGAUUCACUCUUCCUGAAGCUGGAUGCACUUUGUAACUUCCACUUCACACCCAAACCACCUGUGCCAGAAGUUAAAAUAGUCUCAAACCUUCCAGCUAUAAGUAUAGAAGAAGUAGCACCUGUUGCUGUUAGUGAUGCUGCUCUCUUAGCACCAGAGGAGAUCAAGGAAAAGAACAAAGCUGGUGAUGUAAAAACAGAUGCAGAAAAGACUCCCACAGACAAAAAACGAGAAAGAAGAAAGAAAAAGCUUCGUAAACGUAUGAAGCUGAGAGAAAAGGAGAAACGUCAGAAGCUUCUGGAAAAGAUGAAACCAGAACAAGGCACAAAACUUAGCAAAAAAGCUGCUGCAGCAAAACUAAAAAGGCUUACAAAAGAAGGCAAAGCAUCUCUGCUCAAGGAUGAAGGUAAAGACAAGGUCUUGAAAUCAUCCCAGGCCUUCUUUUCUCAACUACAAGACCAAGUAAAAAUGCAAAUCAAAGAUGCAAACAAAGAGAAGAAGAAACAGAAGCAGCAGAAGGCACUCUCCGUUCAUAAACUGAAACUGUGAUUUACCUUUUUAUGUAUGUUGCUUCCUGUACAGAUUAAAAUGUUUCCAGGGGUUUA